AUGGCUUCCGAGAAGGCAAACAACCCCAUGCGGGAGCUGAAGAUUCAGAAGCUCGUUCUGAACAUCUCCGUCGGAGAGUCUGGUGAUAGACUUACUCGUGCGGCCAAGGUUUUGGAGCAACUUUCCGGACAGACGCCCGUCUACAGCAAGGCUCGUUACACCGUCCGAACUUUCGGUAUCCGACGUAACGAAAAGAUCGCUGUCCACGUCACCGUCCGAGGCCCCAAGGCUGAGGAGAUUCUCGAGCGUGGCCUCAAGGUCAAGGAGUACGAGCUCCGCAAGCGCAACUUCUCCGAGACUGGCAACUUCGGCUUCGGUAUCAGUGAGCACAUCGAUCUCGGUAUCAAGUACGACCCCUCAAUUGGUAUCUACGGCAUGGAUUUUUACUGCUGCAUGACCCGACCUGGUGAGCGCGUCACCCGCCGCCGCCGAACAAAGUCCAAGAUCGGUGCCUCUCACCGCAUCAAGCGCGAGGAGACCGUCAAGUGGUUCAAGUCUCGCUUCGAUGGUAUUGUCCGAUAA